AUGUUAUUUCUUUUAUUUAUAAUUUUGGCGGGAUACGCUGUCAGAUGCGACGAUGCGAGUAACAACUACUACGUAAUAGAGAUGCCCGAAGAGGACGUACCGCUACAAGAAACCAAAAAACCAUUUAAAGUCUACUGGAAUGUACCAACGAUGCAAUGUACAUCAAAGAAAAUACCAUUCGCAAACUUAUAUGAGAAGUACGGAAUAAUACAAAAUGCGAAUGACAGUUUUCGCGGCGAAAAAAUCGCCAUUUUGUACGACCCGGGCCUGUUUCCCGCGUUACUGAAGAACGAAACGAGCGGGAAAUUCAAAUUUAGAAAUGGCGGCGUACCGCAAGAGGGCGACAUUGAGAGCCAUUUGGAUGCGUUCAGAUUGACAAUGGAGCAGAGUAUACCAGAUGUGGAUUUCAAAGGCGUGGGCAUCAUCGACUUCGAAUCUUGGAGACCGAUUUUCAGACAGAACUUCGGGGUGCUGGUGCCUUACAAGGACGUUUCUUACGAGAUAGAGAAGAAAACGCACUGGUGGUGGCCGAAAACCUGGGUACAGGAUGAGGCUAAACAACGAUUCGAAGAGGCCGCAAGGAUCUUCAUGCAGAACACUUUGUCCAUUGCGAAACAGAUGCGGCCGAAGGCGCAAUGGGGUUACUACGGGUUCCCGUAUUGCUUCAAUGUGGCCGCCAACAACCCCUCUGAGAAUUGUCCGGCGAACGUCAUACAAGAAAACAAUAAGAUAAACUGGCUAUGGUCAGAAAGCACGGCGUUGUACCCAUCGAUAUACAGUUCAAAAAACCUGACCUCUAAACAACUAGCCGCCCUGAUCCGAGGCAGAGUGACGGAAGCCUCACGUAUAAGAAGGAAAGGCACUCCAAUAUUGCCCUAUUUCUGGUUCAAGUAUCGGGAUGGCGGCUUUUUAAACGAGCUGGACCUAGAGAUGGUUUUAAAGACGUUGUAUAAAUCAAAUGCUUCCGGUUUUAUAAUAUGGGGGAGCUCUAAGGAUGUCAAUACGAUUGAAAAAUGCAACAAGCUGCAAAAUUAUGUCGAUACUAUAAUGGGACCAGCCAUUUCCAAAUAUGUGAAAUACAACCAAAGAGCCGAUGAUGAACCGACAACUGAUAAUUCUAACUAUAUUGUCAACGAAACUGUUACAAAAGAACCAGUUAGUGAUGACCAGAUAGUUGUCAUUCCUGAAAAUGUACGGAAUAGUAGUACAACGCAUCAACCUUUACUAGAAAAUACUAAGACCGAGAUUAAAAAUGAAUCAUUAAAAAUUCAAUCCAAUAAUAUUGCAUUCGAUCCUGAAUACCAUUGGGUUCCGCCAGAGACAUACAAUCAAGAUAUAAAACUUUAUGUGGAAGAGGAACUGACAAAAAAAAUAAAAUAUAACAAUCUAACAGACGUAAGACACAAAUACGCUGACAGUUUAAAAGGAACUAUUCUGAUAGACAUGAUAAUAAAUGCCCUAUAUGAUUCAAAAACGGAAAUAAAAAUAGAACCGAAUUAUAACGGCGAACUUGAACCUACAGAAAAUGUAUUGAAUUAUGUAGACUUUAACCUACAUCAGAUCACCGAUUUUAUGUCACCAUCUAAGUACCCACCAUUUGAACUGAGUACCAAAAGUCCCAUUAUAGAUGAUAAUAGAAAAGUAAAAGAAGGGCCUACUUUAAACGACAUCAUUUUAGGUAGUUAUAAUCAUAAUAUAUAUACUACGGAAGAUGCUGUGUCUAUAACAGCACUAGAUAAUAAUUAUAAAGAUUUUAACGACCUUGAAACAAAAAAUAAUCAUGUGCCAAGCAAUAAUAAUAUUAAAAAUUCAUCUAAUGAUUUUAUACAUCCUAAUACUCAAAAUGAGUUAUCAACUAGUCCGUUUGUGUCAAAUGUAGACGUAACAUUUAUAGAUGUGGAGAAGCAAGACCAAACCACAGUUUUCUCAUCUGCUGAGACUGAAGAUGACUACGUAUUUUUUGAUAUUAAAACAGAAGCCAAUAUUCUGAGUACCACAACUGAUAAUGUAAAGUUUUACACAGAUGACUUAAAUUUCAUAACAAGUAUAUCUAACAUAACUACAGAAACAACAACUAUUGAUACAAAUGGACAAAUAGGAAUAAGUUCAAAUUUCGUGACGGAAGACCUUAAUAUAUCACAGUAUUCCGUAUCUAUCACAAAAGAACCCAAUUUCACUGAUUUGAACGAUAGUUCUACAGAAUCGGCAACUUUCACUGAAAGAAAUGACAAAGAAUUUGUUCAUUUUCAAAAAGAAGGAAAUAUCGAUGAAAUUUCUUCACAACAAACAGAUAGCCUAUCAAUAUUCACAGAAAGUGUUAAUUCUUCUACAGAUUUAGAUGACAAAGUCACAGAAUCAACAGUAUUAGAAGAAGCUUUAGAAGAAAAUAUGUCAUUAGGUACAAGCCAAGAAGUAAACAGCGAUGAAAAUUUUACUUCUCUCGGUCUUCCUUCUACGGGUUCACCUGAUAAGGUCGCUACAAGCAACAUCGCUAACGGGUCGAAGGAUUUAAUAUACACAUAUUAUAUGUUUAUUAUAUAUCUUAAAAUGUUUAUGUGA